UCCAUAUAUAAGUUUCAAGGAGAUGAGACGCAGAGACGCUUCUGGAUCCGGGAAGAGCUUGUGGUUGUGGCCUCCGCUCUGCUACAGGAGGUCGCGGUGACGCUGCGACAACCACGACGUCGGCAGCGGCGGCGACGGAGGUUUCCCGGCAGCAGUGCCGCCACCACCACCUGGAAGACCUAGUGUUGCGGGACACGGUCGGCUUUUCUCUGAUCUGAAGAGCCUUUUGUCUCCGCCGAGACAUUGGAAGGAUUGAAGAAGGAAACGGAGCGAUAUUUUAUACCGACUCGGAUUUGAAUUCUUCGGCCGCAUCGCUCGGUUUUUGAAUUCUCGAGCCUUUUGGUCUGAGAUCGCUUUGUUGUGUUCUGAUCCUCGGAGACAUUGCAACGUCGCCGUCUAGCGUUGGAUACGAAAUCCUUGGGACAUUUUUGGGAAUUUUCUUCCGAUCUGCGGUGCGUUACCUAAACAACCGAUCGAGUGGAAGAACGUUUGUUCUGUGAUAAUGCUAUUUCAAGGCAUUCUUCGGCAGCUCAGAGAAAUGUGCGACAGUAAGUCAAGGAGUAGAGCCAAUAGGACGUGUGUGCUUGGACGUGGAAGGUCGCAUAUAGCCCCCGAAAAUUCUCCAUCUCCAUCUGCCUUGGUUCAACAGAGCCCUUGGGCUAAUAUGCCCCCUGAGUUGCUUCUUGAAAUAAUACAUCGACUAGAAGCUAACCAGACCCUGUGGCCUGCCCGGAAGGAUGUUGUUGCUUGUGCUGCGGUUUGCAGAUCAUGGAGGGAAACAACAAAAGAAGUUGUGAGAACUCCUGAGCAAUGUGGGCUACUCACAUUCCCCAUCUCAAUGAAGCAGCCAGGACCAAGAGAUUAUCCUAUCCAGUGCUACAUAAGAAGGGACAGGGCAACAUCAGCAUAUCGCUUGUAUCUUGGCUUGAGUCCUGCACUGUCAGGAGAUGCAAGUAAACUGCUAUUGGCUGCAAGAAAGAUUAGAAGGGCAACAAGCACAGAAUUUCUCGUAUCCUUGGCAGCAGAUGAUUUCUCUCGAACCAGCUGUAUGUACGUUGGGAGGUUGAGGUCAAAUUUCCUUCGCACUAAGUUCAUCAUUUACGAUCGCCAUCCUUCCUGUGACCAUGCAACCCAGUUCAGUGGCAAGUCACGCCAAAAAACCGUCUCAAAGCAGCAGUCUUCUAGGGUACCAGCUGGUUAUUACAACAUUGCUACCAUAGCAUAUGAGCUCAAUGUUCUUCGUACGAGAGGUCCAAGGAGAAUGCUGUGUACUAUGCGGUCAAUCCCCACAUCUGCAAUUGAGGAAGGGGGCACUGCUCCAACUCCAACAACACUUGGGAAUUGCACUGAUGAGCAAUGCUCUCCUUUAUCAGAAGGGAAAAAUCUUGUUAAAUUUGAAUCCAGUAAUCCUGUUGAGCCACUCGAAACUGUUCGCAGCACAAGAGAUCCAUUGAUUUUGAGAAAUAAAGCUCCUAGAUGGCAUGAACAAUUGCAGUGCUGGUGCCUUAAUUUCAGAGGGCGUGUCACAGUGGCAUCUGUCAAGAACUUUCAGCUGGUAGCAUCUGUUGACCCAUCCGAAAAUGUGCCAGCCACAGAACAAGAGAGAGUAAUAUUACAGUUCGGAAAGAUAGGGAAAGACAUUUUUACAAUGGAUUAUUGCUAUCCCCUCUCUGCCUUCCAAGCCUUUGCAAUCUGUUUAAGCAGUUUUGAUACCAAACCAGCGUGUGAAUAACCAUACUCAACUCCUAUGGAAGGCCUUUAUCAGGCCUUGCUUUCCUGAUAGAUUGUUGUAUAUAUUUUCUACACAGGAAGAUCCUUCGCGUGCGCCCUUUGAUAUUCAUGUGUUGGCAUCAUUUUUUGUAAUCUGUAGAAUGAAAAAUCUGCGAUAGUUCUCUUGAGUGUAACUGCAAUAGUCCUGGUGUUCUUCCGUAUUCAGUUUUGCAGUAGCUCAGAUUGUCUUUUAGCCAUAACAAAGCACUCGCACCACUUGUACAUUUGAAUCCUUGUGCAUUCAAAUUUUGAUGUUCCUCGUCGUCCUUAACAAAUAUCAAACAAUUUGCAAUAGCAGGAUUACCUUGAAAUGAUAAAUUUUGUGGACUCUAAAGUGUCCUUAUUAAAUUUACAGUUACAUUAUUCUGUUUUGUACACGAAUGCUUAAAUCUCUGUAGAUUGAAAGCUGACCAGUUGUUUAGUUAGAAAAUAUCUAUCUGGUUUUCUUCGUUCUUCUCCUUGCAGUAGCGGCAACCAUGACGCGGGGGCUUUUCGGGGUUAUCUGAGUCCGAGUCACUUGGCUCCAUGAAAA